AUGUGGAAUGCAAAAGGUAAGAUUUCCGGUAACAACAAAACAAUUUUAAAUCAAUUAAAUUCGGAAAAUGUGAUGAUAAAUCCUUGUUUAGAAAAAUUUUCACAAAUUAUUAAACCUUUCAUAAAUUAUUCCGUCGGAAAAACUAAAAAAAAAAUUAAAGAUGUUUCAGUUAGAGUUCCAACAAAUAUUUCCAUAACUGAUUUUCCGGGGGAAAAUUUUAUUGAAUUAAACGAAAGAGAAUCAAAAAUUCAAAAAUUUCAAGAUUUGUCAAAUUCUAUAAAAUUUAUUCCAGUUGAAUUGAUGACGAAAAAUCAAAUAGAAAAUGAUAAUUUUAAUGAGAAAAUUUCUUGGCAUAAAAUUAUUAAUUCUACUUUUAAAAAUACCGACAAAUCAAAUAAAACUAAUUUAAAUUAUGGAAAACUAUUAAAUUUAUUCACGGUAGUUAAUUUCGAAAAUGGAAAAUGCACUCAUGAUGACGUAGAAGGAAUAUGUCUCCAUGAAAUAGAAUGUGAAAAAAAAAAAGGAAAAUUUAAAGAAACCUGUGCUGAGGGUUUCGGUGUUUGUUGUUACGUUGAAAAAACUUGCGGAGAUCACACGGGUGAAAAUUCAACGUAUUUUGUUAAUGAGGGAUUCCCCGAACCUUCAACAAUGGCUCCUAUGUUAUGUACGUUAACUUUAGAUAAAAUUAAUUCUCAAGUAACACAAUUAAGAUUAGAUUUUUUAUUGUUUGAGAUUCGUAAUCCAACGAAUGGAACUUGUCUCGAAGAUAGAUUAAUCAUUACCGGGCAAAAUUUAAAUAAUAUCAUACCUGAAAUAUGUGGCAUGAAUACCGGACAGCACCUUUACGUAGAAGUUAACGAUUCUGAUGGUCCCUUCAAUAUAAAUAUUUUAACCAUGGGUGAAUAUUUUUCAAGAAGUUUUCGAAUAAAAAUAACACAAUUAAAAAUGGGAGAUGAAUUAGUAUCCCCAAGAAAUUGUUUACAAUAUUACACGAAUCCCAACGGAUUCGUUCAAUCGUUUAAUUAUCGUAAAUACUAUUUGGAAGACUUUGGCAAACAUAAUAAUGGCUAUUUCAAUAAUUUAAAUUACGUUAUAUGUAUUAAAAAAAAUAAAAACGUAUGUUCCAUAUCUUAUGAAAACGUGGAAAUAGAAUCUCCAAUACCUUCUUUUCAAUUGUUAAAUGUAGAUGAAUGUCUACUUAUACCACCCAUGCAAGCCGGAAUGGAAACAUUUAAUUGUCCAAAUGAUUAUAUUAUUAUAGGAGGAAUGCGUUUGUGUGGUGAAAAAUUAAAUGAUGCUUCGAUUAAUUUGGAUUUUUCUCAAAAUUAUCCAGUGACAGAUACAAGUAAUGGUCCUUAUAUUUUACAAAUAAGAACAGAUGAAGCAACAACUGGAAGAGGUUUUACUUUGACAUAUCGACAAAAUGUAUGCAUUAAUUAA